GUUUUUUUUUUCUUAUCUCUUGACGCUUUUUGUUUUGCGCCGGCGGGGCUGGGGAGCCUGAUAUGGCGCAGCGCAAACCAUGCUGCUCACAUGUCGUGCAGCACUGGCACUGGUCGGUAGGCAGAAAGCCGCUUAUCUCUAAGGAGGGGCGGGGAGCAUGUGCGGCGCAAAAAAAUCCAUGGCUGGGUGGUAUUAAACUGCCUGCGGCGUUUUUAAAACGCCCGCCGGGCCGAAGCGUGAAGGCAAGGAAAAUUAUCGUCGUACUAGGAAAGUUUUCGCGCACACCCUCGUCUCUUUAAUUCCGUUAACCUCUCGUCGCUUCACACGCCUGGGUUUUCUUUUUCGUUACUCUCCGUCCCCAGGAUCGCCACCACUGACAGAUAAUAACCUCGAGCGCGGACCUUGCUAAACCUCCGUCUCCCACUCUCGCUUAAAUAGACAGACGUGUCCUCGUGAAGCAGCAUCCUAGAUAAGAGCUUCUACAUCCUCCGGUUUCGUUGCUACCGACUCUUACACAACUUUUCUUCUCAGCUCUACACAUUCAGCAAUG